CACCCUUGCCUGGGUUGGAGCUGACAAUUGUAAAUGCCUGAGGCUUUCUCUAAUGAGCCACUUGGAAUGAGAGGAAAAAAGGAAAAAGAAAGAAAUCCCCUUUUCAGAGCCAGUCCCCAGCCUCCCUGUUUUGCUGGUUGACCGGAGUUGGUACCUGUUCUGUGUGCCGCUUUUCUUGGAACACAGCCAUUUUCCAGUUUUCUGAGCUCAGCCAACUCCGGAAGCCUCUUUUUUUUUUUUUAAUUAAUUUAUUAAUUUUCCAUCAGCCCCACCUCCUCUCUUCUGGGAGACUCCUUAUGGUUCCUUUCCUGCUUGGUCUGGGUUUAUCUUUGCUCGUAGCUUGUGUUCAGUAGUCCAUAUUUGUUAAUUAAAACUGUGAAUGGAGCUUGGUUGAGAUGCUUUUCCUUGUUGCUGGCAGCUACCAUUUCUUUUUACCACAAGGAAGUGUUCCUACUCAGCCUGCUGUGCGGGUGGCGGAGGGGCAACAGCUCCACGGUUUGUGGAGCUUUACGUACAUCUCCAUGCUGUAAUCUCAGCCGUUCUACCCAUUACAGACUGGUGUACUAUGUGUGACUGGUCACAUUGUCCUCCCAAAGGCUAUUUACUGGUUGUUCCUGGCUACUUAACUAGUUGUUCUAGGGGACUAACUCAGUUCCAUACCUCCCUAUCCUGUUUCUCUUUUGAUGUGCUGAUUUUUAAAUUAUUUAUUCAGUACGUUUUCAUAGCCCCAUCCUAUGAUAUAAAAUACAUAAUUUUCCUACAGUUUUCCAUUUGUACUUUUGCCUGACUUAUGAUUUGUUUUUUGUUGGUUUUUUGUUUUUGUUUUUGUUUCUGCCAUAAAGUCAUUUGAUUUUUAUGUUGUCAAAUUUAGCAGUUUUCUCUUAUGAUUCCUGGAUUUUGAGUCAUAUUUGGGCAUUUUUUAUUUUAACACUAUAAAGAAUCAUCCUAUAUAGUCUCCUAGAAGGUGCUCAUUUUGUUUUAGAUUCAGAGCUUUUAUACAUUUGGAUUUUGUCUUGCUCUGUGGUCUGGGGUAUAGAUCUAACUUUUGUGUCCCAAAAGGCAAUCUAAUUACACAUAUGACAUUUAUAUCCAGCCUUUCUCCACUCAUUUAAGAUGUCAGCUGCAUUACAGUAAGGAAAAGGUAGGUAUUGGUGUUUAUUUCUGACUUUGUUCCCUGGGUCAGUCCAUUGCAUUAUGUACUAAGAGACUACACUGUUUUAAUUAAACCUUUUGAAAUUAUGUCACUGUCAAGCAGGACAGCUUUAUCAUAUUUGAUGUUUUUCAGUCCUUUCUGGCUAUAUAUGCCUGUUUAGUUCUCUGUAUCCAAUUUUUGAGCCAAGGUAAGGAAAACAAAUCGAUACAUGUUUAAAAAGGAUAGUAUAUCAUGUCGAGGUUACUGAUAUUCGAUGAAUUUAAGUUUGAGUUAAUGAAACAUCAGUGUAAUUCAUGACAGUAAUAGAGUAAAGGAUAGAAAUCAUAUACUUAUAUGAUUAUAUGUAGUAAGUGAAUUGGAGCAUAUUUAAUAUCUACUCAUGAUCAGAGUUAUUAACAUAGUAGAAAUAAAAGUGAUCUUUCUUCAUCUAAUAUAUAAAAAAUAACAUAGUAUGGUAACUUUAUGUGUUAUACCUUAAUACAGGAGACUUUUCUCCUGAGACUGAAAAUAUAGUAAUGGAAAUUUUAACCAGGGACCUAGAAAGUAAAGAGUAUAAAAGGUAGGAGGAUUAGAAAGGAAGAUAUAAAACUCCCAUUUUUUCAGACAUGAAAUGAUUGUGUAGGUAGAAAAUCCAGAAAAAUUUACACGUUAACUAUUAAAGAUAAUAAGUCAAGUUAGAAAGUAGCUAGAUACAAGGUCAGUGUUUAAAAAAAAAUCAAACUCAUCAUCUGUAUCCCAGCCAGAAACAAUUAGAAAACAAAAGUUUAAAUUGUCAUAUCAUCUACAGAAGCGUCAUCAAAUAUUAAACAUGAGAAUUGCUCUGUGCAUCUCUGUCUGCCUUAUUCAUACCCAGAGCCCCUGAAGCAUUUCCCCUGACCUUGUGUAGAGAGCUCUCCUCAUCAAGAUUUCCUGCAGUUAGGAGCAUCCUAGGCAUCCUUUAUAGCAUUUUGUUUGAAACUCGCAACAGUAAAGAUGGUAAGAGUUGAUUUCCUAAGGUAUUUUCCAUGUCACCUGUCUCUGGAUGCUUCAGAUUGACCAGAAAUGUGCUGUUACAGGCCUCGGUGUCAUUCAAGGACGUGGCUGUGGAGUUCACCCAGGAGGAGUGGCGGCACCUGGGCCCUGCUCAGAGGACCCUGUACCGAGAUGUGAUGCUGGAGAACUACAGCCACCUCGUCUCAGUCGGAUACUGCUUUACAAAACCAGAAUUGAUCUUCACAUUGGAAAAAGGAGAAGACUCAUGGUUAUUAGAGGAAGGAUUCCUGGACAGGAGCUAUACAGAACACUACCAACAUGAGGAACUUAAGAGCUCAGAAAACCGAGGCAAACAUUGGUGCCAAGUUUUAUUCACCAACAAAAUGUUGACUACAGAGCAAGAGAACAUCUCGGGAACACCAUGUAAUCCGGACAUAAACACUUUUCCUUCAAGAAUAAUACCUUUGAAAUGUGACACUGUAGGACCUACUUACCUUGAUCUAAGCACAUUGGCCUCACACUGCCAGUAUUCAAAAGAGAGUGCUGAUGAGGUUAAUGUAUUUGAGAAGUGGAUCCACAGUAUUGAUGGCAGAACUCAAACAGGAGAGGAAUAUUUUCAUUGUAAUAAAAACAUGAAAGCCUUCAGUCAGGAGGAGGAAGUUAUUCAGAAUCAGGCAGUUCAGAGUUUGAGGCAACCUUUUGAGGAUGGUGAAUGUGGGAAAGCUUUCCUACAGAAAGCUGCCUUUUUUGCAUCUAUGAAUGCCCACCCAAGUAUGAAAUCAUAUAAAUGCAAUGAAGGUGGGGAAAACAUGCUUGAAAAAUCUGUUAUUGUAUCUCAGAACAUUCCUAAAGAACAUAAGAGUCACGAUGAGCUUAAUGAAUAUAAAUCUAAUGAAAAUGGGAUAAAGUUCAGUAGGAUCACUCAACUUCGAAAAAUUGAUACAGGAGGGAAGACUUUCAGCCAUGAUUCACAUUUUAGAGAACAUCACAGAAUUCUUACAGAGGUGAAACCAUUUGAAUAUGGAAAAUUUUUUUGUCAGGAUUCAGCCCUUCCAGUGCAUCAGAGAACUCAUACAACAGAUAAGUCCUAUGAUUAUAACACAUGUAGAGAGACAUUCAGUUACCAGUCAUCUUGCAGUGUAUAUCAGAGAACUCACACAAGGGAAAAACCCUAUGAGGGUAAGGGAUUUGGAAAGUCCUGUCCUAUGAAUUUACGCCCAAUUAGUCCUCAAAUAAGUUACUCAAAGAAGAAGCCCCAUGAAUGUCAUGAAUGUGGGAAAACUUUCAGUGAGAAAUCACAGCUAAGGAAACAUCAGAGAACCCACAAAGGAGAGAAACCGUAUAAAUGUGAUACAUGUGAGAAAGCCUUUAGUGUAAAGAUAGGUCUCAGAGUACAUCAGAGAACUCACAAAUGCGAUAGACUCUUUGAAUGCAGUGAGUGUGGGAAAUCUUUCAACUAUAAGUCAACCCUCAUAGGACACCAGAGAACUCACACAGGGGAGAAACCCUUUAAAUGUAAUGAAUGUGAGAAAUCUUUCAGUUUUAGAUCACACCUAGGGAAUCAUGAGCGAACACACAUAAGGGAAAGACCAUAUAAAUGUGAUGAGUGUGGAAAACAUUUCAAACACAAGUCAUCCCUUGGAAAACAUCUUAGGAAUCACACAAUGGAGAAACCGUAUGAAUGUAAUGAAUGUGGAAAAGCUUUCAAUCAGAAUUCACUUCUUAGUUCACAUCAGAGAACUCACACAGGAGAGAAACCGUAUAAUUGUAAUCAGUGUGGACAGUCUUUUAGCCAGAACUCAAGUCUCAGAAGACAUGAGAGAAUUCACACUGGUGAGAAACCCUAUAAAUGCGAUGAAUGUGGGAAAUGUUUUAGACGGAAAUCACACCUCACGGAACAUCAGAGAACACACACAGGUGAGAAACCCUAUGAAUGUAAUCAAUGUGGAAAAGCUUUCAGCGAGCAUUCAGGUCUAAGAAAACAUAAGAGAACUCACACAGGUGAGAAACCCUAUGAAUGUAAUCAAUGUGGAAAAGCUUUCAUGGACAAGUUGAGUCUAAAAAAACAUCAGAGUACUCAACACAGGUGAGAAACCCUAAGCAUGUAAUGAAUGUGGGAAAACAGAAUUCAUGUCUAAGAGAGCAUCAGAAAACUCAUAGAAGGGAGAAACUCUUUGAAUGCAAUGAAUAUGGGAAGUCAUUCAGGUAUAAGUCAUCCCUUAUAGUACAUCAGAGAAAUCACACAGGGGAGCGACUGAAUGUAAUGAAUGUGAGAAAUCUUUCAGUCAUAUCAGAAUUAAGGAAUCAUCAGUGAACUAACAUGGGUGAAACCCCAUGAGUAUAAUGAAUGUGAGGAAUCCACAGUGAACUCACACAGGGCAAAGAACAUACAAAUGUCAUGAAUGUGCAAAACCAGAAGGAAGUGUUGCCUAAGAAAACAUCAUAGAACUCAAAGAAGGGAGAAACUCAAUGAAUGUAAUGAAUGUGAAAAAGCUUUCUGUCAGAACUCAGUUUUAAGAAAACAUCAGAGAACUCAUACCGGAGAUAAGCACUGUCAUUGUAAUCGGUGUGUUGGAUCUUAGAGAGAAAUCAUAUCUUAGAACACAUCAAAGAACUUACAAUUGGAGAAACCCCAGAAAUGUGAUGAAUGUGGGAAAUCUUUUAGGCAGAAAUCACGUUUUACAAGAUGUCAGAGAACUCACACAGGUGAGAAACCAUAUGAACGUAAUGAAUAUGGAAAAGUUUUCAGCGAGAAUUCAGUUCUAAGACAUCAGAGGACUCACAGGAGAGAAAACCUAUAAUUACAAUCAGUGUGUAGAAUGCUUUAUCCAAACAGCAGGCCUCAGAGUACAUGAGAGAACUCACAGUACAAAUGUGAUGAAUGUGGGAGAACUUUCAGCCAGAAAGCAAACCUUACAGAACGUCAGAGACCCCAUACAGGGGAUUAAACAUACGAAUGGUGAUAGUUUGGGAAAACUCUGAGCUGGAAAUCCUAUCUCAUGAAACCAGAGGAGAUGCACAGGAAAGAAACCUUUUGUAUAAAUGAACGUUGGAAGUUCCUCUGCAAAAUAUCAACCUUCUUUAAAUAUCAAAGAAAUUACUCAAGCGAGAACUUCUUGAAAUAUAUUUUAUAUGGAAUGUCUUUCAGUGAUAGUAUACUCCUUAUUUGAUAGCAGAGAAUUCACCCAAGAAUGAGAGCCUGUAAAAAUAAUUAACAUGGGAAACAUGCUUUGUGAACGCAACCUUCAGAAAACUCAAACUUUUGAAAACUUCUAACGAAAUAAUAAUGUGACAGGAUCCAUAACGCCUUCAUGAUGAGAGAAAUCGAGUGAGAAAACCUAGAAUGUAAUAAGUGGAUGGUAACCCUAAACCAAAAGCCAGCUUUCUCCGUACAGCAGAAAAUAACUUCAGUGUGAACCUCUUCAUGUAUCAGAAUAACAAGGAGACUCUGUGAAGGUAAUGGAUACAAAAAAAAUCCUGCAGUAUGUCCAUGCUCAAUUUGACUUAACCUGAUAUAUCAUAGAAUGACUAUUAUUUGUCUACUAGUAACUUUUCCUCUUUCCCCUUCUUGCACACUAAGUCUAAUUUUCCCAACCUCUCCUUCAUCGAAAUAGCUUCAUGUCAUCAAUCUCUAACUAGUGGAAUGUAGGAAUUGGUGACCAGACCCACUGAAGAUAGCUCUCUAAAAUUUCAUUUUGUUCUGUCCCUUGUCAGAAUGGAAAGGAACUUUUGGGAAGAUAAUCAUGAGACUCAUGCUCUUAUGAUGAGUAAGUACAAGAUGGAAGGAUCCAGGCCCAGAGAGUGACUAUGGGACAGUUUUCUCCUCCAUGUACACAGGAGGACUUAACAUGACAAAGGAAAUAAAGUUGUUUCUGAUGAAAUUCUGCAGGUUUGAUAUAUGUAAUACUGACAUGCUUACCAUAGGUUAAUAAAAUUUACAAAUAUGACUUCUGUGAGACCUGUAAACUCAAUGUAUAUCAGGAAAUUCCUCAGAACCACUCCCUGACGACAUCCUAAAUUAUCAUCCCAGAAUUAUCCUUCAUUGGGAAGCUGAUAAAUAUGAGUGGAGAAAUCUAAUAUUUCAAUACAUACUGAAAAUCCUUUACCGAAAAUAAAUAUCUCCUUGAAUACA